AUGCCAUGGAUGUAUUCCGGGGAGUGAGUGGAUGCAUGCACUGGUUAACUGCAAGCACGUACAAGUAGUACAGUUCUCCAGCUCCCUAACCUUACUCCCUGCCCAGCGCUCAGUGCCUUGUGUACCCAGUACUACCUACCUACAUUUCCCGUUCUGAUCCUUAAAAAAAAAAGUCAUCAUUUCCGUUAUCUCCUUUUGAUACCCAGAUUCGCGAUCCUACCUAAUAUUCUUCAGAUUCGGUGGAACUUCUUCUUAUUCCACCUCAUUACAUAUUUCAUCUCCCCCCACCAUCUCAAAGCUCGACGUCGCCAACGACGGGUAUUGAGCAUUUAUCAUGGCUUCAUCUAAUACCGGCAAGGCUGGGGUCAUCAAAGCCUCUGACGAUGCCGGGAGCAUGGAUAAACUUGCGCAUGCCGUGUUAGAUGAUCUACUCUACAAUAUCGUUCACGACUUGUUAAUGAAAACGCACCGAGACGAGAAAAUAGCCCGCGCUGCAACCGCUGCCAUUCGCGUCGAAAAGUUAGCUGCCGAUGCUUCAGAUUCCUCCGCCCCCGAUGCUCGGCCCGACGUCAGAGUUGAAACAGAUGCAGCUGUUUACGAUGAAGGAAAGGUGCUACUCAAGGGAAACCCGUUAGCUACCACCAAGGACAUUGACUGUCCCAGAUGUCACCUUCCGCGAUUACUUUAUCCCACCGACGGCAAAGGAGCAAGAAAACCGGAUCCAAGCAUAAUAUACUGCAAGAAACAUCCAUACAUUGACAAACCUGGCUACGACAUUUAUGGACAAACUUGGGUUGCACAGGGACCGGGCAGAGGCAAGAAGAAGAAGGACAUGGAGAAGAAGCUAGAGCAGAACACGGAUUCGCAGACACCAGCGCCGGAUGGAAAUACAGCAGUCGGAGGCGCCGCCUCGCGACCCCCAAACAUGCUCUCAUUCCCAUCGGCGACUUGUAGCAAAUGCAAACGAUGCAUUCUGGUCACCCGCCUGAACAAUCACAUGGGUUCCUGCAUUGGGAAUAGUGGACGUACCGCGAGCCGUGCUGCUGCGCAGAAGAUUAGCAACGGCAGUAAUGCCAACGGUAGCGCCGAUGGAACUCCGCCAUCCAGUCAGAAGGGUACUCCCCACCCGAGCUCACGGGCUAGUAGCCCCAAGAAGAGGGACGGUGAUGAGAUGGAUGAUGAUGAUGAGACCGAUAAUGAUGCGCACAAGAAGAAGAAACUGAAACCUACUGCAGCAAAUGCGGCCAACAAGAAGCUGGUCCUCAAGCAGAAGGGCUCCGGAGGAACCAAAAAGGAGAAGGUCAAGACGAGUUCCUCAUUGAGUGUUGAGCAGAAGGUCGACGAUGACGAUGCUGAAGGAUCUACUGUUGAAGUCGCCCCCAAGAAGAAGGUAACGAAGGUGCCUAGCCCGGCCAAAAAGCUGAAGCUGGGCGCUUCUAAACCACUCCUAUCAUCGCCUAUGUCUAAAAGCAAUGGCAAGACAUCAGCUCCAAGUGGCGGUGGGGGAGAUGAUGACCGCGAGUCUGAGAGCUCAGGGACACUGUCCUCUCCGCCGGUCGUUUAAUUUCAAAACAAUGUCUCUAUUACAUCGAGCAUCGAAAAUAGGACAAGUAUUAUUGACAUGCACUGAUUAUCAUAGCAUUUUGUACAACGGCCAGAGAGCCUUGCAUUGAAACGGGGUUCCGGGGUUAUUUGAAGAAAGAAAGAAACAAUGAAGUGGCUGGGCAACUUAGGUAUGCAUCUCGUCCGGGGAAUAGGGGAAUAGGGGAAUAACCGGCGUUGGGUUUUCGGCAAACUGUAUGUUAAAAGAUGCUUCUUGUGCACAUAUGUAUUUACAGGACCCCGAAUGACCGUACACGAGGGCUUUUAUAGUCGCUGGUGCACAUCAGGUACUUACUACUACUAUGAG